AAUAAUUCUUAAUAACUCUAUAAUUUAUUAAAAAAAAGUAUAAAAAAUGUCAAGCGAAUUUGAUGAGGAGGUAUCAGAUGAUACAUUUCAAGGAUUUGAUACAGAUAGUAAUGAAAACCAUGUAUCAGAAGAAGGAAAAGAUUCUAUAAAAAAUAAAAAAGAUAAAAAAUUUAUUAGUCAAAAGGAAAUUGAAGAAUUUCAAAGAAAUGAAAGUCUCUUUAAGUCAAAUUAUUUUAAAUUACAAAUAGAUGAUUUAUUAGAAGAAACAAGAUUAAAUUCAAAUGAUAUAAAAGAAAUACAAAAAUAUAUAAAUCAAAUUAAAAAUAUUAUAGAAAACAUAGGAAACAAAGAACAAAAUGAAAUAAAUUUUAUUAUAAAAGAAAUGAAAGAACUUAAUAUUUUUAUACCAUUUCCUGAACCAAAACCUUCUAAAGAUGUGAAAUAUAAUUUUUCAUAUAGAAGACCAACAUCUAUUAAUGUUAUAGGAAGUUUUUCGCUAGGAACGUCUAUUAAAGAAGAUAAUUUGAACAUUGAUUUGGCAGUUGAAAUUCCAGAGAGAAUAUUUCAAAAAAAAGAUUAUAUGAAUUAUUGUUAUUUUUAUAAACGUUCAUACUAUUUAGCAUGUCUUGCAGAAGGCAUAAGAAAAUCGCCUGAAUUUACAGGAAAAUUAUCAUUUCAACUUUUUAAUGGAGAUCAAUUAAAGCCAAUAAUAGUAAUAUCGUAUAUAAAAGAUAAUGAAAUUCAUAAUCACAAAAAAUGGAAUAUUUUUAUUAUACCAUCUAUUUCUCAAAAUGUAUUUCAAUCAAACAAGCUUUCUCCAAAUAAAUCCUGCAUUGCAUCUGUAAACUGUCCAACCCCUAACUAUAACUUUUCUAUUCUAUCGGAUUGCACAAUAAAUCAGCAUCAUAUGAUACAAUAUACUUGUUUACAAUCAUGUCCAGCAUUUAGGGAUGCAUCCAUAUUGGGCAAAAUAUGGCUAAAAAAAAGAGGUUUUAGUUCUAAAAAGAAUGGAUUUGGUAAUUUUGAAUGGAAUAUAAUCAUGGCAUAUCAUUUCAAGCAUAAAAAAGAUCAAUUUUUUCAAUAUAGCUCCUAUCAUCUUUUUAAAAUUACUCUUCAAUUCUUAGCAACACAAAAUCUAUUAGAAAAUCCAGUAUAUAUGGAUUCAGAAAAAUAUAUCAAUGAUUUAUCAAAAAAAAAACCAGGCUUUUUUACAUUUAAUGAUAUAAAUAUUUUACAAAAAUUAUCAUAUUUUGAUUUUCAAUUAAUACAACUAUAUGCAUCAAUUACAUUAGAAUUAUUGAACAAUUCUCCUCAAGAUAAUUUCAAAUCAAUUUUUCUUGAAAGAGUGGAUAUUAUUCCUUUACAAUUCGAUUGUUAUUAUAAAGUUUUUAUUCCUCAUAAUUGGGAAGAAUUAUCAAAAGAUUAUUUAUAUGAAGUCUCAUUAAAAGAAACAUCAUUUAUAUUAAAACUCAUAGACAUUAUUAAGAGAGCACUUGGGAAUAGAAUACUUCAAAUAACAUCAAUAGUACAUUUGAACGACAUAACAUGGAGUAUAGACACAGAAUUCCCUUCAAAUAUAAUAUCAAAUGAAUUCUAUAUAGGAAUUCUUAUUGACCAAGAGAAUUCUCAAAAAAUUGUAGAACGUGGCCCAUCUCCUCAAGAUACUAAUGCAACUAAAGAGUUUCAACAAUUUUGGGGAAAAAAAUCAGAGCUUCGAAGAUUUAAAGAUGGAAGUAUUUUAGAAAGUGUAGUAUGGAACGUUGAAAAUAAACUUUGGCUUAUUAAAGAUAUUAUAAAAUUCGCUGUUGACCGUUAUGUUGGAAGUAACAUAUCUGAAACAUACCAUUUUUUUGGACCUGAAUAUGACAAAUAUAUUAAUUUUCCAAAAGCAUACUUGCCAAUAGAAUUUUCACAAAUCAGAACAGCAUUUGACUCAUUGGUUAAAGAAAUAAAAAGCAUUGAGAAUUUUCCGCUUCAAAUAUCUUCUAUAAUACCGUCGAAUGAAUUUUUAAGAUAUACAGCUAUUAACCUUCCUUUCUUUUCAGAGUCUAAUGAUUUUAAGAAAUAUUAUUCAGAACCAUGUGAUAUUAUUAUUCGAUUUGAAAGCUCUGGAGAUUGGCCGGAUGAUCUUAAGGCUAUUCAAAGAACUAAACUUGCAUUUUUAAUUAAAUUGUCAGAAAAAUUAUAUUUUCAAAACAAUGAUAUAAUUUCAAGAGUCGGCUUAGAAAAUACAGAUGCAGAAUGUUUAAACUUGGGAUUUUUAGAAAUUAAAUAUAAGAACUUUAUAUUUCAUUUAAGAAUUCAUCAUGACAGAGAAAAAACCUUACUACAAAAAGAAUUGAAAAAUGGAGAAGUUUCUCAAUAUCCACGUAGUAUACUAAACAAGGGAAUAAAAUUAUAUGACGAAACAUAUAUAUCGAAACCAAAUCAUACAUUGGUUUUUCAAGAUCUUUGCCAUAAAUUCAAAGCAUUAUCUCUCUCUGUUCGUUUAACAAAAAAAUGGUUUCAUUCUCAUUUACUUUCAUUUCAUGUUCCAGAAGUAUUAAUUGAGCUUGUUGUUGCAGAAGUAUUUAUCAAUUCAGCACCUUGGUCUCCACCAGCUACAGCGAAUACAGGCUUUCUUAGAUGUUUAUCCAUGCUUGCAUCAUGGGAUUGGAGAUUAAGUCCAUUAAUAAUUGAUUUUUCAGGAAACAUGUCUUCUGAAACUUAUAAGAUAAUACAAAAUCAAUUUUCAACUUUUAGAAAACAAGAUCCAGGAAUCAAUUCCGGCGCUAUGUAUAUUACAUGUAACUAUGAAAAUGAUUAUUAUUCCUGGAUCUGGAAUAAACCUAGUCGUGCGGUUUCUGGAAGAAUUACUUUAUUGGCUAGAAAUUCCCUAGAAAUUCUAAAACAAAUGGAUGAAAAAAGCAUUCGUAAAACCUUCUUACCUUCUUUAAAGGAUUUUGACUUCCUUAUUUAUCUUAAUAAAGCUUCAGAAAUGAUAGAAAAUUCAAAAAUAUUCCAAGAAACUGUAUUUCCUGAACCUGAUGUAAUUGAUAUGUUUGUAAAACAACUCGAGGAUAUUUAUAAUGAUUCCUUUAUCUUUUUCUAUAAUAGAUUACAAAAAUCUGUAAUAGCAGGCGUUAUAAAUCCCCAUAUCCUUUCAAAAAGAUCUUGGAGAGUAAAUUUAGGAUUUUCAUCCAUGCCAUUACAGAAUUCUACAACAAAUGAUCAAAAUAUGAUACAUGGAAAUAUUUUGUCUAUGCUUAGUGAAAUAGAAAGACUUGGUAAUAAUCUUGUAAAAAAAAUCGACAUACAAAAUCUACAAUAUAUAAAUAAUAUAAAAUAAUUCAUAUAAAUCCUUAAAACAUUUAAAUAUUUUGGAAAAUACGAAU